CUCAAAUUCCAGCCCUAAUAUUUUCCAACCCGUUGAACCUCCGCCACAGCGCGCCGCCGCUCGCCGCACGCCGCCCCACCGCCAUCAACUGACGACAGAUUUUUCCUAGUUAUUAUAUAUCAAAUGGAAUUAAAGGGGACGACGCCUCGUGAACACGGAUACUACAUGCCCGCCGAAUGGGUACCCCACUCCCACUGCUGGAUGGGCUGGCCUGAACGGCCAGACAAUUGGCGCGAUAAUGGAGCGCAUGGUCAACGUGCGUUUUCGAAUAUUGCCUCUGCAAUUUCAAGAUUCGAACCUGUUACCGUGUGCGCCAGUUCUGCGCAGUGGAAUAAUGCGCGCAGUCAGUUGCCCGAACAUAUUAGGGUGGUUGAGAUGAGCACGAACGAUACAUGGUUUCGUGACACCGGUCCAACUUUUGUUAUCAGAAAAAGCGUAUCGGGUGAAGAGAAAUCGCGCAGCAUGAUUGCUGGAAUCGAUUGGAACUUCAAUAGCUAUGGCGGUGUGGAGGAAGGUUGUUACGAAGAUUGGAGUCUCGACCUACUUAUUGCAAGAAAGAUUCUGGAAAUCGAAAAGGUUCCGAGGUUUCCCCAUUCCAUGAUUCUCGAGGGCGGAAGCAUUCAUGUCGACGGGGAAGGGACUUGCCUUACAACCGAAGAGUGCCUCCUGAAUAAAAACCGAAACCCCGGUUUAACGAAAGCACAAAUUGAAGAUGAACUCAAAGCGUAUCUCGGAGUCGAAACGAUCAUCUGGCUGCCUCGUGGGUUGUUUGGUGAUGACGACACUAACGGUCACAUUGAUAACAUGUGCUGUUUUGUGAGGCCCGGUGUUGUUUUAUUGUCGUGGACCGACGAUGAAUCGGACCCUCAAUACGAGAGAUCUAUCGAAGCCCUUUCUGUUCUUAACAGUGCGACCGAUGCCAAAGGUCGAAAAUUACAAGUUAUCAAACUCCAUGUCCCGGGCCCACUUUAUAUGACUGACGAGGAAGCUGCUGGAUUACAACAGGAUGGAGAUGCUAAGACAAGGAUUCCUGGUACGAGGAUUGCUGCUUCGUACGUAAACUUCUACCAUGCAAACGGAGCAAUUAUUACACCCCAAUUUGGUGACGAGAAGUGGGACGCUGAAGCUGUUCGCGUCUUGGCUUUGGCAUUUCCAGAUUAUGAGAUUGUGAAAGUUGAAGGCGCUCGUGAGGUUGCGCUCGGUGGAGGAAAUAUACAUUGCAUCACACAACAACAACCGGCCUGUCCGUAACAACCUUCCGUGUUUUAAUGCUUUAGCAGAGUAAUUAAUAUAUGAAAUACGUCGAAAAGACAAGCUUGUUUUCUUCCCUCAACAUUCGAGCUAUAAACUUGCAACACUGUUUUUUUCUAUUUAAAUCUACUAGCAAAGUGCACGUGCAUUGCACGUGUCUUUAUAUUAUUAUAUGGUGAAAAUAAUUUUUGUGUAUA